AAACUCGGAGGCAGGGGAACUUCGGAAUCUUUGUGACGAUAUGGCCUGUUGUUUAGGUAUCAAUGGAAGGAGUUGUUUCCCUCUCCUACUUGAAGUUCUCGGAAUAAAACCACCUUCUCAUUUUUAGAUGCCUCAAAAGCUUGUGGUAUAGAAAUAGACUUCCAGUGUAUCCGUAGACCACCGCUUUCAGGCUCUUUCCAUGGUCGGAACGCUUUCCCUGUCCGCCCGAACGACACUCCACUCCCCGCCAUCCCCUCACCCAACCUUUCAUCCUCACCAUUUUCUUUAGUUGACGCCGCACCUCAAUAUAUUUGGUAGAUCUGGCAGCUGGCUGCGAAUGAUCGCGUCUUCCUUAUGCUACCCAAUAGCCAGGUCCGAGCUUCAACGACGCGAAUCGUUUCGCAGUCCGUUGUUCCACGCGACAUUACAGAGAAGUUCACACAAGCUGCAUCAAAAUUAAAGACCGGACAACUUGUUAAAGAUGAAUACUUCACGCUUUUUGAGGCCGUGGGCGCGUUGGAGAUCAUGGACUCCAAGAUGGACAGUGGAUAUCUAGGCCCCGAAGAAAGCGGCAAAGGCUUGGAGGACGAAUACAACGUUUUGCGCGACCUCGCACCGGAGGAAGUAGUAUGGAUUAUGGAUGAGCUGCUUUGCCAUGAGAUGGCGUGGCAUAUGGGUCAUCCUCUCUCGCAAACCCUCUUCACCUCGAUCUACCUUGACAAACUCCUAUGGCCUAUACCGAAACACUUCGAAGAUACUCAUUUUGGACGUGAGGGGCGUGCCGGAUAUGGGCAAAUACCUGAGCUUGUGCAUAUUGUGCUACGCGCAUAUUGCCUGGGGCUGAUCAAGUGCUGCGACUUGGUCCAUACGCGAGUGAUCGGGGAAUUCUACUAUGAGGAAGAGGAUUUCAGCACACAACUCUACAACCGGUCAUUGCUACCACACUUUGAUUCUGGACUUUUCACCACAGUUUUGAACCAAGCGAUUUCUUGGAUCGAUAAGCAGGAAGCGAUGGACACACCCGUGAAAAAAGCCAUAAAAUCUCGAUUGGAAUUUCGACAAGAGUUUCUUCAAGGCUUGCAGCAGGAUAUCGAUAUUUUAGAAACGAGAUCAGUGGACAAGCUACAGUCGUGUUUGUCGAUUUUGCCGACUCUCCAAGAAUCGAACCCUGUCAGUCGGCCUGUGCCUGAAGCCUUCAGUUGGAAAUUCCAAAGGAAAUUGGCCAGCACAGUGCCUCCCCGUCCGAUGGUCAGGAUCAGCUUUGAGGAUGCGCUGGCGCAUCUCAAACGGCUAUGUCAGGACGGGAUCGAUCUCAAUCAAAUACUUGACUAUAGAGGGCCAUCGAACUUGAAAGUGGCUGUUUGGACUAUCCUUUCCCGAAAACCUCAGCCGUCAGUAUACAUUCGAUCCCUCGUUCAAACCAUCAUCAUGAGCAAGACAAUCGUCCUUGGAGCCGUUCCAGUCAAAAAGUUUUUGUAUGACGAACUAGCGGCCCUUGUUCUGCCUUCAAGCAUACUGCUUGAAGCUAAUCUCGAUGAAACCGAAAUGCCCUCCGAUCCUCGUUUUCAGAUUGCUCAAUUGAUGGACGGCUUCGUUAGGCGCUUUUCCCAGCCAUUUGUGGAUACAUUCCGAAGUGCAUGUUUGAAUCGGUGCCGUAUUCGCCGAACGAUCUGUCAUACCCUUGUAGAUUGGGACAAUCUGCAAAUGGAGGCCGAAGAUCUCGACGAACAACUACGUGUCUUGAGCGACGAACCCCCGUUAGAGCUUCCAAACGGGGACACUACAUACGCGUACCCGCUUAGCAGCUGGGCUUACCACCAAAAGCUCAUCCAAUUCCGUCUCAUACUCCAACUCGGAUUCGAAUUAUCUAUCUACGCUCCAGAGGAACUCCCAGGAAUGUACUGGUACCUAUCGCAUAUUUGCUCAACACACCUCGGCCAUAUCGAUCGAAUCCGCACGUUCAUCCUCUCCGGCGCACAGCGAAGCCGGCCUUCCCUAGCCAAACACGCCGUCCUACGCAAAUCAUUCCUCCUCUUCGACCGCCUUACAAUGCAGAUUGUCGCCAUCGAUGCCUUUGCAAUCGCUCUACACGCCCUGUACGUCCUCCUAUCCCGACACAAACUUCUCCCCACCGCCGCCGGACCACAAGCGUAUUCAAACGACCAAUUCCGGUACGAGCUCCGAAUGAAGCCAUUCCUCCAAAUUACGCUUCCAGAACUUGUCCCAUAUGAAGAAUAUAGUCGCGAAGCCACCCUUCAAGGCGACAGCGAUGAAAUCGUCAUGGAGCGCGCAACCAAGGCCAUCGGGGAAGCACGAAAAGCCUGGGAAACAACGCUCGCCAACGGGCCAUUCGACGACUUGAAUGGCGAAAAGCCCGACGCUCCGGCUAUUGCAGAAGAUUGGAAUCGUGAUGUGAAGGAUACAAUGCGGGCCUGUAUCGGUGCGAGCAUUGCGAUUGAAACUGUAAAGAAGGCGAUUGCUUCUGGGGCGCGGCCGCUUAAUCUCCGGGUCGAUAUUCCCGAGGCGGGUGUCAAGCCCCGUUGGCAUGACUGGUGGGCUGUUCCGCAGGUUUCGCAGGCUCAGCCGAGUAAGAAGGCUUGAGCUAGCAAAUAUACGAGAUAGAGAGUAUACGAGGACGAUGUGAUAGACGGCGAGCAGCCAGCAAGAGGCCAGCAGCAAUGCCAGCUGCUGUAUGGGGUAGACGAUAAUGACAUUAUGUGUAUUAGAGACAACACUAUAGAAAUGGAUCAACGGUUGAAAUUACAUGUUAAUUGUUAGUACUGGUUGGGAGAGAACGGAAGGAUUGGAUUGCACAGUUGUCCGUCCCCGCAAUAAUUUCGGAACAACUCUGUGUCCAUACUUUCCGGUUCUGCAGCAACCAUGAGCCGCAGUCUUGGCUUCGGUUCUGAGCACAGACCCUGCUGGAAUUCCGAGCACGACGCGCGCCUCAACAUCACCUCUCCAGCGAAUUGUCGAUC